AUGACGGCAAAAAAUGUUGGUUUGAGUUCCACAAAUGCAGAAUUAAGAGGAUUUACAGAUCAGAACCUCAGUCCGACAAAAGGUAACAUUUCAUUGGUUGCUUUUCCAGUUUCCAGCACCAACUCACCAACAAAGAUUUUACCAAAAACCCUAGGACCAAUAAAUGUGAAUGUUGGACCCCAAAUGAUUAUAAGCACACCUCAGAGACUGACCAGUUCAGGAAGUGUUCUGAUUGGGAGUCCAUACACCCCAGCACCAGCAAUGGUCACUCAGACACACAUAGCGGAAGCCACUGGCUGGGCCGCAGGUGAUAGAAAACGGACUAGAGAAUUUAUAGACUCUGAUUUUUCAGAAAGUAAACGAAGCAAAAAAGGAGAUAAAAAUGGAAAAGGCUUGAGACAUUUUUCAAUGAAAGUGUGUGAGAAAGUUCAGCGGAAAGGCACAACGUCAUAUAAUGAAGUAGCUGAUGAGCUGGUAUCAGAGUUCACCAAUUCAAAUAACCAUUUGGCGGCUGAUUCGGCUUAUGACCAGAAGAACAUUAGGCGAAGAGUUUAUGAUGCUUUAAAUGUGCUAAUGGCAAUGAACAUAAUAUCAAAAGAAAAAAAAGAAAUCAAGUGGAUUGGCCUGCCUACGAAUUCUGCUCAGGAGUGUCAAAACCUGGAGAUAGAGAAGCAGAGGCGGAUAGAACGGAUAAAGCAGAAGCGGGCCCAGCUGCAAGAGCUUCUCCUGCAGCAAAUCGCUUUCAAAAACUUGGUACAGAGGAAUCGGCAAAAUGAACAGCAGAACCAGGGCCCGCCAGCUCUGAACUCCACCAUCCAGCUGCCGUUUAUCAUCAUCAACACGAGCAGGAAAACGGUCAUAGACUGCAGCAUCUCUAGUGACAAGUUUGAAUAUCUUUUCAAUUUUGACAAUACCUUUGAGAUCCACGAUGACAUUGAAGUACUGAAGCGGAUGGGAAUGUCCUUUGGUCUGGAGUCAGGCAAAUGUUCUCUGGAGGAUCUGAAACGUGCUAAGUCACUGGUGCCAAAGGCGUUAGAAGGUUAUAUCACAGAUAUCUCCACGGGACCCUCCUGGUUAAAUCAGGGACUGCUUUUGAACUCUACCCAGUCAGCUUCCAGUUUAGACCUGACCACUGGUGCCACCUUGUCCCAGUCCAGCGUGAACCAGGGCUUCUGCUUGGAUGCUGAAGUGGCCUUAGCAACGGGGCAGCUCCUCGCCCCGAACAGUCACCAGUCCAGCAGUGCGGCCUCCCACGGCUCCGAGUCCCGCGGGGAGACGCCCUGCUCGCUCAACGAGGACGACGAGGAGGACGAGGAGGAGGACUCCUCCUCCCCAGAAUAA